AUGUAUUACAUAAUUUUACCAAACGCCUCAGUAUCUGCGCCUAAGCCAUCACAAACACAACUACUGGUGACAUCAAUUGCUCCAGCUCCACUUAAACUAAAAACAUCACAAAACCAACUAUUGAUGACAACAAGGACUUCUCCACCGGUACUUAAAGUAGUUCCGAAAGUUGUGAUGGCAACUAAUACUGUUGGAUCUAGAUCUCUACCUCCAUUGAAAGUAACUUCAACCAAUCGUUCAAUAAAUAACGCAACAACUGUGUCAAAUGUACGUCCAAACUCACCAGUCGUAACCCAGAGUAAACGUGCUUUGCCCACACAAUAUAUUGACCCUUUUGACUAUACUCCUUACGUAGAAAACACUUUAUCCUCUAAAUACACACAAAAAAUAAUCGCUAAAGAAGAACGAAGUUUAAAGCAGCGACAAGUAUUCACGUGGAUUUGUAGAAUUUGCAAGAAAGGAUUCCAUGAAAAAGAACAGCUUCUGGAGCACUACGAAAUACACAAGAAUACCAAAGAUCAGCUGGGUGAUAUCGACUUAAAUAGCGAUGCAUAUAACAUAAGCAGCAAAGAAAUAACUUGUCCAAUUUGUAUGAGGAGCUAUACCAACAUAGCUUACUAUCAACAACACGUUACUAAUAAACACAAACCAAAAGAACACUAUUGUAAUUUGUGUAACUCUAAUUUUAAUGAUGAUUAUCUAUUGAGUGUACAUAACAGCAAGAUUCAUAACCAAGAUCCAGAAUUGUACGAGUGCGUGAUAUGUAAAAAGUUUCAAACAAAAAUCAGCAGAAGGUUAUACGAUCAUAUAAAUACAAAGCAUUUAAAAGAGGAAAUGUAUUGCAUUGUAUGUGACAAGACAUUCUCAUCGAAGACGUGGUUUGAAAAUCACAAAAUAUUUCACAUAGAACCUGAUGAAAGAGAUACAUAUAAGUGUCGCAGAUGCAAAUCUAAAUUCACUACGAACUACUGCUUAAUGCAACAUAUGCAAGAAUUCCAUAUAAAAUACAAAUGCAAUCAGUGCGAUGUAACCUUUCCCUACAAGCUAAAUUUUGACAAACAUAACCUACUUUUGCAUGGAGGAGAACAAUUUCUUUGUAAUGAUUGCGGAAAAACGUUUAAAACAAUGGCUGUCCUUCGCUCCCACCUAACAACUCAUGGAACAGGGAGCUAUCUUUGUUCUUUGUGCAGUAAAGUGUUUAAACAGAAAGGAAGUCUUGACCAUCAUUUGAGGACUCACACUGGAGAAAAACCGUUCAAGUGCCAUACAUGCAAUAAAUCUUUCUCCCAGAGCACCACUCUUAGAAUACAUAUACGAACCCAUACCGGCGAGAGACCAUAUCCUUGUUCCAAAUGUGAGAAAAGAUUUAUUAAAAAAAGCAUGAAAGAUGUUCAUGAGAAAAAGUGUAAAUUUUAA